CUCUCUCUCUCUCUCUCUCUCCAUCUAAUAUAGCAGUUAAGGCUGAUCACUAAAUGUGCAGAUAGAUGCUUCCCAUGCUCUCUCAAUCUCUCUCACUCAGCAUGAGAGAGUGAUAGCUUUUUUUUUCAACAUAUGAAAGCCCCCUCCCCCAAAGCUAGACCUUUUCAGCUUGACAAAAGGGUACAAAAAGAGAAAAACCAUAUUCUCAGACCCAACUUGCUUCCUCAUCUUAAAUCAAGAAGAAUAACAAGAAGGAGAGAGGGAGAGAGAGAGUUUAAUCAUCCAGAGACUUCUUCCUAGAAAGGUGACCCCUUCUCUUAGCUGUUCAGCCAUAGCCCUCGAAGCCUCCAUACCCAUAACAUUUUGUCUCUUCCUCUCUUUCCCAAUUCAAUAGGUCCCUUUAUAUCUGCAAGUGAGCCAGGGAAACCUUUUGAGGAAAAAAGUACCGAGAGAGAGAGAGAGAGAGAGAGUGCAAUACUAAGCUUGAAGAGAAUGAAGAUCCAAUGUGACGUCUGCGGCAAAGAAGAAGCCACCAUCUUUUGCGCUGCAGACGAAGCCGCACUCUGUGACGACUGUGAUCGCCGAGUCCACCAUGCCAACAAGCUCGCCAGUAAACACAUGCGUUACUCUCUUCUCCAUCCCACUUUCAAAGAGUCCCCUCUCUGUGACAUCUGCCAGGAGAGGCGAGCAUUGCUUUUUUGCCAAGAAGACAGAGCAAUCCUGUGCAGAGAAUGUGAUGUUCCCAUUCACAGAUCCAACGAGCACACCCAAAAGCACAACAGGUUUCUUCUAACCGGGGUCAAGCUCUCUGCUUCUUCAUCCUCCAACCAAGCCUCAUCGUCAUCUAGUGCAUUGAGCACAGACAUGAAGAGCUCUAGAUCCUCGGCAAAGAGACAGAAUUGCCCACCGUCAUCAGUGUCGACAGCCGAGAGAAGUUUGCCGUUGGGAGCUUACCAAGAUGAGAAUCAUACAAGUGACGCCGGCUCGAUCUCGACGAGCAGCAUCUCGGAGUACUUGAUGGAGACGUUGCCAGGGUGGCACGUGGACGAGUUUCUUGAUCCUUCAUCGACUGCUUCGAAUGUUUAUUGUAAGACUUUUGAUCACAUGUUGCCGGUGGUGGAUCCCGACUUUAGGAGCGACACGAGCUCCUCUUCCUCGAAGAUUUUGCAAGCUACUCCCCCUAAGCUCCUCAUCAAUUCCCUCAUCUCUCUCUUCUCCUCUCUCAGGCUUAAGGUCCUUUCUUUUAUGGAAUGGAUCAGCAAGAGAAGGCAAAGAGCGACAGAUUCAUCAAGAAACAGAGUGUUGAUGGUUUUCUUUAUGCAAGCUCUGUUCAGCAUCCUUUCUCUCACAAUUCUCCGGCUUUUUGGCUAUAGAUCCACAACCCUCGUGCAAUUUUUUGAUGUAUUUUCUGCAUUAUUUUAUUUGUUUUUUGUUUCCUUGUAUGAAAUCAAGAUUUAUGGUUCCUCAUGAUCUCCUGCUCAAAGGGUAGGUUGGUUUG